AUGUUCUUAUCGGCCGUUGCGAGGCCACGAUGGGACGACAACAAGGAAGAGUGGUUCGACGGGAAGAUUGGAACGUGGCACUUCACGGAGACUGUCCCAGCGCAGUGCCGAAGCAGCCGACGCGACGCAGGAACGCCAGUGAUGAAGACAGUAUCUGUGAUACGGGAGACAUACAAGAAGAUGCUGAUCGGACAAGUCAUCCCAGCAAUCCGAUGCCAAGCACCGAGACCAAGACCAUCAAGAUUCAACAGGACAAUGCCCGUCCGCAUGUCCCCCCAGUCGAUCCAGACGUUGUCGCUGCCUGCAAAGACCAAGGCUGGGACAUGGAGUUUCUUCCGAGCCAUCCAGACCUUGCAAGCGGAGAAGCAUUCGAGCUGCCUGGAGGACAUCGUUACUGCUACUGAAGCGGCUUGGGCCGACGUGAGUUCAACGACGCUCAACAAGAACUUUCUGACCCUUCAGAGAUGUCUUCAAGAGGUUAUUCUCAAUCAGAGUGGGAAUGACUAUAAGAUUCCGCAUAUGAAGAAGGAUGUAUUGCAUGCUCGUGACUAUUCUACUCACAUGAAUAAACUCGCCACGGAGAUCCUCGAGAGCAUGCAGAUGGGUGCAAUUUGCACUCAGAUUGAGGCAUUAAAGGUUGACAUUGACGUGGAUGUUCAUGCCGACAUUGCUGCUGCAUUGGGCCUCAUUCAAUUGUUGGAUUAG